AUGGAUAACUCCGGCAAAGAGAAGGAGGCCAUGCAGCUAAUGGCUGAAGCCGAUAAGAAGGUCAAAGCGUCGGGCUCGUUCCUCGGCGGGAUGUUCGGAGGGAACCAUAAAGUGGAGGACGCCUGUGAAAUGUACGCCAGAGCAGCCAACAUGUUUAAGAUGGCAAAGAACUGGAGUGCUGCCGGUAACGCCUUCUGUCAGGCCGCUCGGCUCCACAUGCAGCUUCAGAACAAACUGGACUCUGCUACCAGCUUUGUCGAUGCCGGCAAUGCCUACAAGAAGGCCGACCCUCAGGAGGCCAUCAACUGUUUAAACCAGGCGAUUGACAUCUACACUGACAUGGGUCGGUUUACUAUCGCAGCCAAGCACCACAUCACAAUAGCGGAGAUUUACGAGUCAGAGCUGGUGGACAUUGAGAAGGCCAUUGUCCACUAUGAACAGGCAGCAGAUUACUAUAAAGGAGAAGAAUCCAACAGCUCAGCCAACAAGUGUCUUCUGAAGGUCGGACACUACAGCGCUCAGCUGGAACAGUACCAGAAAGCCAUCGAAAUCUAUGAGCAGGUUGCUAUGAGUACUAUGGACAAUCCUCUGUUGAAGUACAAUGCUAAAGAGUAUUUCUUCAAGGCUUCACUGUGUCACUUCAUCGUGGACGAGCUGAACGCCAAGUUGGCCAUAGAGAAGUAUGAAGAGAUGUUUCCAGCCUUUACAGACUCAAGAGAACUCAAGCUCCUAAAGAAACUCCUAGAAGCCCACGAGGAGCAGAACAGCGAGGCGUUCACAGAGGCCGUCAAAGAGUUCGACUCUGUGUCCCGCCUGGACCAGUGGCUGACCACGAUGCUCCUCCGCAUCAAAAAGACCAUCCAAGGAGACGCCGGUGACCUGAAAUAGAAGAACGUACAAAAAGAGGGCAGUGGGAGGGGGGUAGAGGGACGAUGAAAGACGAGGGUGUCGGGGGGUAGGGGGUGUUUGUCCAAAAAGAAAGGUCAAAAACAGGCAUUUUAUCUUGUAUAUAAAGGGAGAUAGUUUUCAGUUGUACAUAAUCUGUAUGCAUGUGACCUUCCAUGACACAAGCUUCACCUUUUACCACUUUCACAUGACCCUUGACCUUUUUGGUGCCCCUGAUCCUGCAGUAUUGCUCCGGUAACACUGAGUCCAAUGGGAAAAAAAAAACAGACUAGAAAACGUCAGUGUGAAUGUGCGUGAGGUUAUUUUGUGUCAUUUGCAGUCAGGUAAAUAAUUCUGUCUGAAGGGAAUGUGCACAUAUCAGAUAUAAAGAUAUACAGUAUCUUAUAAGGAAUAUAUUUGUUUUAAAGUUACUGAUAUUUAUUGUCAAUAUUGAAGAUAUUUAUUGUUUGUUAUGGUGG